AUGGCGCCGGGGGCGGGGCGGGCUCUUGGACCAAUUCGGCGGUUUGGCCAGGGGGAGGGAUAUUUGUAGACCCCGACCCCGCCCCCAUCGCCAUGCGGCCCGCCUGGACUGUUCUCUGGUUGCGCCUGGCUUUGACCCUGAGCCUGGUCCUCGUUUGUUUCCUGGCUGUGGGGUGGGCUUCGGCCCGGGUCCCCAUCUAUGUCAGCAGCUGGGCCGUGCGAGUGUCCCAGGGUUACCGGGAGGCCGAGCGCUUAGCCCGCAAAUUCGGCUUCGUCAACCUGGGACAGAUCUUCCCAGAUGGGCGCUACUUCCACCUGCGGCACCGGGGCGUGGUCCAGCAGUCCCUGACCCCGCACUGGGGCCACCGCCUGCGCCUGAAGAAAGACCCCAAGGUGCAGUGGUUUGAGCAGCAGACGCUGCGGUGGCGGGUGAAGCGCUCCUUAAUGGUGCCCACGGACCCCUGGUUCUCCAAGCAGUGGUAUAUGAACAACCAGGUCCAGCCGGACCUGAACAUCCUGCAGGUCUGGAGCCAGGGGUUGUCAGGCCAGGGCAUCGUGGUCUCCAUCCUGGAUGACGGCAUCGAGAAGGACCACCCGGAUCUCUGGGCCAACUACGACCCCUUGGCCAGCUAUGACUUUAACGACUAUGACCCGGACCCCCAGCCACGAUACACACCCAGUGAGGAGAAUCGGCAUGGAACCCGCUGUGCUGGGGAAGUGGCAGCCAUUGCUAACAACAGGUUCUGCGGUAUAGGCGUCGCCUACAAUGCCCGAAUUGGAGGCGUGCGAAUGCUGGAUGGCACCAUCACCGAUGUCAUCGAGGCCCAGUCGCUGAGCCUGCAGCCGCAGCACAUUCACAUCUACAGUGCCAGCUGGGGCCCCGAGGACGAUGGCCGCACAGUGGAUGGCCCAGGCAUUCUUACCCGGGAGGCCUUCAGGCGUGGUGUUACCAAGGGCCGCGGGGGUCUGGGCACACUCUUCAUCUGGGCGUCAGGCAAUGGUGGCCUGCACUAUGACAACUGCAACUGUGAUGGCUACACCAAUAGCAUCCACACCCUCUCUGUGGGCAGCACAACCCGGCAGGGCCACGUGCCCUGGUACAGCGAGGCCUGUGCCUCCACCCUCACCACCACUUACAGCAGUGGCGUUGUCACCGAACCCCAAAUCGUCACCACAGACCUGCAUCACCAGUGCACCGACAAGCACACGGGCACCUCAGCCUCAGCACCACUGGCUGCGGGCAUGAUCGCCCUGGCUCUGGAAGCCAACCCGUUCUUGACAUGGAGGGAUAUGCAGCACCUGGUGGUUCGUGCAUCCAGGCGGGCACAUCUUCAGGCCGAGGACUGGAGGACCAACGGCAUGGGACGACAAGUGAGCCACCACUACGGCUACGGGCUCCUGGAUGCCAGAGUGCUGGUGGACUUGGCUCGCACGUGGCUGCCCACACAACCCCAGAAGAAAUGCGUCAUUCGGGUCCUGCAUGCCCCCACCCCCAUCCUGCCACUGACACACGUGAGGAAGAAAAUGUCGGCCUGUGCUGGUCACACCAACUACAUCCGCUCGCUGGAGCACGUACAGGUGCAGCUGUCACUGUCCUAUAGUCGCCGCGGGGACCUGGAGAUCUCACUCACCAGCCCCAUGGGCACCCGUUCCACAUUGGUGGCCAUCAGACCCUUCGACAUCAGCGGCCAAGGCUACAACAACUGGAUCUUUAUGUCCACCCACUUCUGGGAUGAGGACCCGCGGGGCCUGUGGACCCUGGGCCUGGAAAACAAGGGCUACUAUUUUAACACAGGGACACUGUACCGCUACACACUGCUGCUCUAUGGGACGACUGAGGACAUGACAGCACGGCCCAUGGGACCCCAGGUGACCAGCAGCGCGUGUGUGCAGCGGGACACAGAGGGGCUGUGCCAGGAAUGCCACAGCCCCGCCUACAUCCCGGGCCACCUUUGCCUCUCCCACUGCCCGCCACGGUACUUCAAUCACACCCACCAGGCCAUAACCACUGGGCCAGGGCGCCUGGCAGUGCCCGCCCUGCGUGUAUGUUCCAGCUGCCACUCCUACUGCUACACCUGCCGCUCCCCACUUGACUGUACCACCUGCUCUCCACCUUACAUGGAUAAGCACUGGGGCUCCUGCUCGGGGCCUGCCACCCCCACGGCCCCCCAGCCCACCACGACUGCCCACCCCUGCCGCUGUCACCUUGGCCCAGCCCAGGCCAUGAUGCUGACCCUGCUGGCUGUGGCCUUUGGGAGCCCCUCCCUCUGCAGCAUCCUCUCCUUGGGCUGCCCUCCGUCGUGUGUGGGUCCUGCCAGUGCCAGAAGCCACCCCCGUCACCACCCCAGUACAGCUGCUGGCUGGACCCCGGAGACAUCUGGCUAGGAGAGUCAACAUUCGCCUUGGCCUAGGCCCCUGAUGGGCACUGCUGUCCUGCUCCCUCAUUCCAGAUGAGCGCCCAGGGCAAGAACCUGCCCCCGGAAAGCCCUGGUUGGUCAAUGAGGCUGGAAGGCCACAGGUGGCCCUCAUGGAAUCCUGCAACCCUCGGCAGGUCCAGGAGAGAGAGAGAGAGAGAGAG